UGAGUCUCCACAGUCUCCUCGGUGACCUCUCGCUGUCUCUAGCCGCAGACAUGGCUGCCUCUCUGGGCUGGCUCUCAGCUCUGUUCGCAGGUGUUUUCUCUGCUCAUGUGUUGCAGAAACUCUGUUUUCCAUACUUUUGGAAUGACCUCGUCUUUCUGCUGAAUAUAAUCAGGUACGGCGCGAAGCUGGAGCUGUUCAAGCUGAGAUCCAGAGUGUGUACAGUGCUGGACAGGUUCAUCCAGCAGGCGCAACGUAUACCCGGCAAGCCGUUUGUUAUCUACGAUGGAAACAUCCACACCUACGGGGACAUCGAGAAGCGCAGCAACAGACUCGCAAAUGUUUUCCUCGACAGACUCAAACUGAGGAAAGGAGACUGCGUUGCCUUGCUCAUGAACAAUGAGCCCGACUUCCUGUGCGUGUGGUUCGGGUUGGCAAAGGUCGGCUGUUCGGUUGCUUUUCUCAACACAAACAUAAAGUCCAGGUCUCUGCUACACUGCUUCAACUGCUGCGGAGCCAAAGCUCUAAUUGUCGGCGCAGAUCUAGUGGAAUGUCUCGAUGGCAUCCUACCCAGCCUGCUGGAGGACAACAUUCAGGUGUGGGCUAUGAAGAGCCAGAGUGAGCACACACAGGUUAACACUCUGUUGGAUAACAUAGACGCUGCCUCUGAUCAGCCUGUACCAGCAGUGUUACGUGCCACCACCUCCCUCAAAUCCCCCACCCUCUACAUCUUCACCUCUGGAACAACUGGGCUCCCUAAGGCUGCAGUGAUAACUCACCUCCAAAGCUUGAAGGCAGCAGGAGGAUUCUGGGCAUUUGGGGGGACUGCAGAUGAUGUGAUAUACAUCCCUCUGCCGCUCUACCACAGCGCAGCUUCACUGAUUGGUAUCGGAGGAACCAUUGAGCUGGGUGCAACCUGCGUCCUGAAGAAGAAAUUCUCAGCCUCACAAUUCUGGAAUGACUGUCGAAAACACAAUGUGACUGUUUUCCAGUAUAUUGGAGAACUCUGCAGAUACCUCUGCAACCAGCCCAAGACAGACAUGGAUAUGGUUCACAAGGUGCGGAUGGGAGUUGGGAACGGGCUUCGGCAGGAUGUCUGGCGGGAGUUCCAGAGUCACUAUGGAAACAUUAAAAUGUGUGAGGUGUACGGCUCCACUGAGGGAAAUCUGUGUUUCAUGAACCACAUCGGCAAGAUCGGCACUGUGGGUCGCUCCAACUUCUUCUACAGGCUCCUGUUCAAGUAUGAUCUGGUGAAAUAUGACAUGAUGAAAGAUGAACCAGUGAAAGAUAAAUAUGGAUUCUGUCAGCGAGUGGAAAAGGGUGAGACAGGACUUUUACUGUCUAGGGUGAGUGCCCUCAGCCCUUUCUUUGGCUAUGCUGGAAGCAAGCAGCUGACUGAGAACAAGCUGAUGAGGAACGUAUUUGCGAAGGGAGACGCCUACUUUAACACAGGUGACCUCAUGGCUGAAGACCAGGAGGGCUUCAUCUCUUUCAGAGACAGAGUAGGAGACACCUUCAGGUGGAAGGGUGAAAAUGUAGCAACAACAGAGGUGGCAGAAACUCUUGGGCUGGUGGAUUUUAUCCAAGAGGUCAAUGUGUAUGGAGUGGAAAUACCAGGACAUGAAGGCAGAGCAGGAAUGGCUGCCGUGAUUGUAAGACAAGGCCUGACGUUUGAUGGGAACAAACUGUUUGAGCAUGUGGUGAGGGAUCUACCAGCGUAUGCUCGACCCCUCUUCAUAAGGCUUCAGGAGGUCAUGGAAAUGACGAGCACCUUCAAGCAGCAGAAGUUCCAGCUGGUACAGAGCGGCUUCAACCCCUCAACAAUCUCUGAUCCUCUGUAUGUGUUGGACCACCCACAGAAGAGCUACAUUCCUCUAACAGACAGUAUCUACCAGAACAUCCUCUCUGGAGAACGCAAGCUAUAGAACUCACGAGUAUGGAGGUGAUGACACAGCUCCAAACAAUGCACAAAGAGGGAUAUGAAUUAGUAGCUCUGCUUUUUGCAGUAUUUUAUAUUUAAUGGAAACGUGUGUGCCUACAAUCAAGUUGAGUGAUUUACUGAGCUCUGAAUGAAAAGCUGAUAUCCAGUUAGUGAAUAAGCUAAAUGGUGAAUAAGUGAAUACAUGUGAGCAGUAAUGUCCCUAACGUACAGUUAUUUUUGUUCAACAUAAAUAAUAUAAACCUGAACACAUCACCAUGGUACAGUAAUACCUUAAAGAACCCUUACUUAAUACUUAACUAACCCCUGAAAACAAACCAAAUACCUCAAGCUGAGAUAAGGUGUUUGCUAAGGUCACCAGAGAUCCCUUCAUCUGUAUGUUUACUAUCAGAAAAUAUUUGACAAAUCCAUUAGUUAUUGGUUUACAGUGUUAUUAAGGCUGGGAUUUUGCUUUACGUUAGGGGUAUGAAAUAUUUUCAGCAGUAAAUCAAUGACAUUUUAAGGAGCUCUUAUUCAGUUUAUUAAUGAACUGUAUUAUAUGAAUUAUAUUUUGUGGAUUUCUGCAUGGAUUAAGAAGUUUUUAUUGGGUAAAAAAUACAAAAAAAAACAAACAAACAAAAAAAAGCAAAAAAAAAAAAAAAUUCAAUUACGGUGUAAAUGAAGGAGGUUCCCACCAAAUUGUGGUUAAUUAAUGGAUACAUAAAUGAAUUAACUGUAAUGUAUUAAACUAAUGUCAGUUUAGAGGAAAAAACUUAAAUUUGACCAAAAUAACAUGAAGGACAUCCAUUAAUUUAUAGCCUAAAGGGACCAUUACUUUUCAUUUAAGGUGCAAACUCAGGGGUUCAUAGCAAUGAAUGGAUUAUCAUACUGUAUAUGAAGGGUUUAUUGGAUGAUUUCUAUGGUUUAAAAUAGACAAAAUAUCAUGAAAGUCAUCCCUGUAAAGUCAAUUUUAAGGGGCUUUUACCCAUUCAAAAACCCCUUAAACCGUGCAGAUAAAAAUACCACAAUAUAUUAUAAUCCUUGAAAUUGUUAAAUUAAUGAUUCCCUUAAAAUCCCAUAUAAAUGCCUUGUUUACAUCAGCACUAAUGGGUAAAUAAAAAGAAUUUUAAGGUAAAAAUUGAACAGAUUCAGUUUCAUAGUGUAUGGAAAUGAAGAUACACAAAUCUGAUUUGUAACUUACAAACAAAAUAAAUGGUUCACAGAUAUGUUUUUGCAACUUUGCUGACACGCCAAAUCACUUGAUUCUGUUUGUUGACAAAUUUAUCCACAAAUAUUUCAUUUUCACUGAUUUCACUCUGGCCUAUCAGAUUUGAAUACAUCAUUUUGAGGAAAUCAUGACCAAUCACAGCACACAUGGUAUGUGUUUGUUCAAUUCAUAUUGUUUAUUUUUGAAACAAAAAUAAUUUUGAAGAAAGAUUGUGAAUACAGAAGCCCAAAAGUGCCCAUAUAUUUAGCCAUAUUUAGUAUUUUUCCCAUUUAUGUUUUUUAAUGCUGUGAAAGUUCUGAUGAUUGAUUUGAUUUAUUUAUUAAUUUUAAUUUUAUUUUUUUGCUUUGCUUUUGUUUACCCAAGCUUUUAAUGUUUGCUGGUAAUGUAUUGACAGACAUUUAUACUGGCUCAAACCAGUGGUUAGAGGUCCAUUAACACUAAAGGUCUUAGAUGCAGGAUGAGGGGAAUACUGGGAUAUCAACCAUCAAGAUUGGCUCUUCCACCAACUUCAGAGUGUCUGCAGUGUUCUGCUUUGAGAUAUCAACAGCUUAUCUCAGAAUAUUACCACAGUUACAUAACUGUAACUGUGAUUUGUAAUAUUUUUAGCAUGUAAACAUUAGCAGGGACUGAGAUGUACAGUGUUAUCCAGAGGUCUGAGCUAUAUGAGCAUUAUACUGUAUACUGUUUACCGGUUGGUUCUGGAAUGUGAACAAGUUGUUAAUUGUAAUAUUCAGAAGGUUCAAUUCACUUCUUUUUUUUGUUGGGGAUAUGAAGAUAAAAUAUGUAUAAUAUGAAGAUAAAAUAUAUAUAAAAAGUAUUGCAUACAAAUGAAAAGAUGAUGUGAUUUAUUACAACUUGGGUCUUAUUUUGUAGUUUCAGCCUUCAUUUCCUAUAAGCCGGAAUAACAAGCAAACUGCUAAGAAUUCACUAAAAAGGGUCAAGAAGCACAAACAAUCAGAUGAUCAGACAGGUUGUAAACAAACCUCCAGAUUAGCCAAAUUAUGUGAAAGAGAAAACAAAAGCAAAUGGUGAAAUUAUUAUCCCAACAUCCAUCACAGAUUACAGACACUCUUCCUGCUUUAACUUUGACCUGUUGUGCUUACUGUCUAGGCUGUGACCUCAUCACUCAGCACAGCAGGGAGCGGGGAGUGAUGAUAAUAUCUUCCUCCAUAGAGGAACGGAAGUUCAGAGCAUACAGGUGGAUGCUGGUUGGUGACAAGAGUUUAUGAAAUGCUUAGACUGGAGUAGAUAGCCUGAACUAGAAUGGCGGCUUUGCUUCAUUUGUGCGUGCACACAGUUUUCCUGUGCAAUGAGGGAUUAUUAAUUUGGCAAUUACUUUGGUGAGUACAGUGUCAUAACGAAUAGAGAUAAUAGACAGAACUAUGUAUAUAAGACCCUAGUUGUAAUAAAGUUGAUUUAUCCUGUUAAAGGAACAAUCCCAGACUCAUGAGUCCACAGUCUCAUGAGUACUGUGCAUCCAAAAGUUUUGAACAUUCUUGGCAUAUUAACAUGUGUUUCUUUUCAUGUUUUAGCCUAGUUUUACAAGGACUGUCAGCUCUAUCAUAUACAUUCUGUAUCCAAGGACAGAGUUCAAAUCUGGCAACCUCAGUAUGGAAAGAGGACUUUGAUCAUAGUGGCUCAAACAUUAAUUGCUCUCAUGAUAAUGUCAACAAUAAUGUCUCCUUUUAACAUUUCAACAUUUCUAUCUCUGUACUGGAUAAACCGAGGUGAAUCCAUUUCUCUUCUGACUCUGGAUAAGACAGCAACAAGUAUAUUCUCAAAAUGUUGGCCUGUUGAAUUCAUCAUUACUGUUAAUCAUUGGUGUUUUGAUGAGGAGUGCUGACUAGAUUGUUCUUUUUCAAUCAUGCAGAAUGAAUGGAAAUCACUUCAAAAUGCUGGAUGAAAUACAACCCGAUCACAGGUUUGCUCUUCAUAAGUGCAAUUGAACUUCGCACUUUUUAAAAUUUUUGCAGACAUAAGGAGUCAGGUGAAGGGAUACCAGUUACACCCUGUUCACAAUAGGUGUCUUAAGGAGCCAACAAGUUCCCAUGGUUCCUUUGUAGACGCUUUGAGGCGCACUGCAGAGCAGCAACCAGUGCACACCAUGUCUGGUUGCUUUUGGGUGUGGCAUUUAAAUGUAUCUGAUACAGAAUGAGCAGUUGCAGAAACAAACCCAGCAUGUGAAGAAAGAUAUGAUGUUUAAUUCUCACCUACACCUGACUGGACACCUUUAGGAAGUGACUGGUCUCAAUAUCUUUUGAUAAUGGGUUAAUUACAGUAUCUCUUUAUUUUGGGAAAACAAAAGUUAUUUCCUGAGAUAAUGGGAUGAAUAUCUUGAGAUAAGAUAUUUUUAUCAUGUCAGCUUGCACAGAUAAUGUGGUCUUGGCUGAUGCAGUAUCUUAUUUGAGCUGAUAAUGUCAGAUGACAUAACUGUAUUGGUUCAAAUGAACCAUGACUGUAAAAAUCAGACUCAGAAAGCAUCAUUGCAGGACUUUCUGCAACCCUCUACAGCUUAAACAAAUGUUUCAUUCCCAGUAGUUAUAUGACUUGUUCCAUGUAGACACAUUAAUAACUGCAAAUUAGGUCAUUAAUUUAGUAUUUGUGAAUUAUUGUGACAGCUUUCAAAACUGAAUUAAUGAAUGGGAGUCGAAAACAAAAGAAAACAAUUGUAGUAUGCCAUAAUGUAAAUACUUUUAAAAACUUGUGUCUUCUUAUGACACCUAUGGAAGCUGAAAGCAGUUGUGGCUGCAAUAUUUGUUUGCAAUCCGGUUAUCUGAAAAUCACAAGUAAUCACAAGCACAAAAGAAAGAAUCUUUGUUUACUUGAUAUGAUCGUUAUUACAAGAAAACAACUUUGUCAUCACAAGAUAAUGAGAAACUUAACUUGAGAUAAUGAGUAAAAUAAAAUAAAAAUACACACCUAGUCUCCAACUGACUUUUUUCAUUUUUAGUCACAGAAUGGAACCCAGUGGUAAUUCAGCCAUAUAACAUCCAAUACUUGCAGCCAGCCCCUAUGAGCAAACCAGUAUGUCUAACUCUGAGCUCUUUAGUAUUGGCUUACUAACAGACUGAGAGCUGUGCUAAUCUAAUGCAGUCUUUGUGAAUCAAGGCCACCAUCCAGCGAAGAGUCCAGAGUCGUCUUUCUGCAGUGCUCACUGUCAGACCUCUGACAUGACCAAGCUGAGCCAGAAACAAAACACUUGAACAAUUUUGACUUUCACUGUGACCUAAAGAUGCUUGAUGUUUGUGUUUGAAGUCUGACUCAGGUACUUCGUCCUCGGCUUCCUACAGUUUCAUCACACACACAUACAUAGGACUUGUUUAUUGCAAUAAUUACGUCAUACUAUUAUACAUUGCUAAAAAUUAUUUCAUGUUGUUGUGUCUUCUCUGAAAAGAACAUAUCUAGUCCUGCGUUCACUCUGACAGCUGAGUGGUUUGAAUGAAAAAAUCUAAGAUAAACAAAGUCAUUUUUGUUUUUGAUUUUUAAAAUUUGAUUUAUUUAAAAUCUUCACAUUUCCUUCAUUGCACACUGUGUAUGUGUUAAAACUGAAUAGAGCAGUGAAUAGAGUUUAAUACAGCAGUGAGGCAGGAGGACAUGUCUACCUCUAAGGAAUUAACUGAAAUUUCGUGCCACAUUUCACUACUAAAAAUGCAUAAUUUAAGUCUGAAUUUUGUAAAGAAUCAAAGAUGGGAGAAAAACAGAAUUGUAAGAAGACACAAAAGAAAAUUUAAACUUAAAUGUCAGGAUAGUCUUUUUCCCCCAAAUUCUGUCUUUAUUAACUCUGACUUCCUUAAAAUUCUGGAUUGAUGAGAAUCAGAAUUCUGACUUUUUUUUCUCAGAAUAGAUCAAUCUCAGAACUCAGUAUAUUCAUGCCCUUGCAAUCUCAGAUACCUCUCAUCAGUCAACACUGAAUAUUAUGAUUAUUAACAGUACCCACACUACAGAUACGCAGACAGACCUGUGUCAGACCAGUCUCUCUGAGCUUUCUACAGGACUGUCAAGAAUGUUGUAGAAACUAACUUUUACAUGAAGACUGCGCUACACAACAUGAGCUACAUAUGUAAAAGUUCAAUUGAAUUUUACUUCCAUUGUGUGUCAAUAGAAUCAUGAAGCAAUUGUUUUUAUUUUCUCAGUAUCAUAAGUUCAUUGACUCAUUCAUAUCAGUGUUUAAUUAAAAGAUGCACUAAUCAUUAUUGUUGUAUCAGCAAGAGAUUAAAUGACAAUGUGUAAUGUGAAAAGUGUUAUCACCACCUGCACAGUUCACUUCCAGGCCCUCUUUGAACUCAUAGUUUUGUUUCUCACUGCCCUCAUCGCUCUCAUCACCCUAUUUUCCAGCAGGCAGAUGUUUUCAGUGCAAAAGGUCGGAUAAAGCCACUCUACACUAUCAGUCCAGCAGCGAAUAGCAGGCAGACACAGUUAGAGACUAGCUGGUGAACAUAGUGGAGCACUUAUAAGCUAAAGAGACAGAUAUCUUUCUCAGGAG